AAGAAUACUUCCCGCUACCUUAUAGUAGGCCGAUACUUACCUCUAGUUACCGAGAUAGUAUUAUCGCAAUCGCUUGUCUCGUAAUACUCUUAGUUAGUAGCUAUAUAUACGUAAUAAUAGUUAUUCUCCUCUAUAUAGUUAGAUAGAGAGGCUAUUACUAGACCUAGCUAGGCUAUAAUCGAUAUAUCGUCCUCGCUCUUAAUCUCUUACUAGUAGAUCUUUAGUAGAGUAGUACGUUUUUAAUAAGCUAGUACUAGUACCGUAUCGGUAGUAUCUUAGUAUCUUCGAUACUUUGCUUUAUAUAAGCAUAGUUACUAUAUUCUAGGGACAUAAGUAGUAGCUUCUUUAUACUUUUUAUCGCUAUAUAUAUAUACGUUACUACCGUAUACGGCAAGCGGCUAAGCGAUAGAACGUUUAUAAUAAUAAUCUUAGAGGUCUAGAUCUAGUUAUACUUCCUUACUACGAUCGAGAUUUAGAUCUACGGACGGGAUUAAUACUUUAUAGCUACCGGUUCGUAGUAUUAGGUUUCGGCGAACUUCGAGGCCGAGCGCUUAUAGUAUUAUUAUAUCUAGAUUUUUAUUAUUAAACUUAUUACGCUCGUCCUAUAUAUAGAGGCGGUUUUCUCGCUAAGGAAGAAAACUAUAUAGCUAUUACUUUAAGGAGACUCGCUCUCGCGUAGUCUAACUACUAAUACUCUUCGAACUAUAAACCGUAUUAUAUAGCUUAUAAUACUAUACUCGAUUACGUAUAUUUUUUUUAAUAUUACCUCUAUCCGCUAGCCGAAUAUAGACUAUAGUUUAUAGAAGUAGACUAACGAGUUAUAUAUAUAGCUCUAUAGCCGGCUCGCUCCUAGUAUCUUAUAGUUAGAUAGAUACGCUAUUAUAUAUAUUAAUACGCGGUAGACUACUACGAGAUAUAAUA